AUGACCAUCAUACAUAUUGUCUUCUUCGAGUGGAAGUCAACUGCAAGUCACGCUCAAGUAGAGGAAGCAUGCAGUCGUAUGCUCGCAUUGCAAGAUAAGUGCUUGAGUGCAAGUUCUCAGAAGCCGUACAUCAAGUCCUUCUCAGGUGGGAGGAACAACAGCAACGAAGGCCAUGCAAGCCCCUUCACACAUGGCUUCGUAGUAGAGUUUGAGAGCGAACAAGAUCGAGACUACUACGUGAGCAAGGACCCCGCGCAUCAAGACUUUAUCAAGUUUGCUGGAGAGCUGCUGCAGAAUGUGAAGGUGCUAGACUAUGAGCCUGGAAAGCUGUAG